AUGCGGAAGCCACCUCAGCCCUCGGAGGAUCCUUGGAGGCCAUAUCGCACCAGAUCUGACUUUGAAUUUUCAGACAUUGCUCUGGAUGCAUGCUUGAAUGAACAACAGACUGAGGCACUGAUCAAGCUCAUCAAUCAUGUAGUCUCAGGCCAAGAUCAGUUCACUAUCUCAAGCUAUUCAGAGCUACGUAAAGUCAGACAAUCUGCAUCAGCAUUGUUGACACCAGUAUGUGAAGCAUAUCUGUUACGCGACGGGUAG